GUGAGUGAGUGAGUGAGUGAGUGAGCGAGCGGGCGAGCGAGUGUGUGUGUGUGUAGGGGGGUCCGCCGCGUGAAGCUCCGGCACCCUCCCCCUUUAUGUCCCCCUGCCCCGCAGGACACAGCAGCUCCCUGUGGACUCUAUGCGUGUGGCUCCACGCCAUGGGCUGCAUCCAAAGCAUCCGCUGCAAGCCCAGGAGUUUCCGCGAGAGCAUCAUGGUGCUGGAGGUGAACUCCUCCAUCGACCAGAACCCCACCAGCAUCGACGAGACGUCCAGCGUGGUGCUGCGCUACCGCACGCCGCACUUCCGCGCGUCCGCGCGCGUCCUCGUGCCGCCCGUGGCCGGCAAGGAGACGUGGACCGUGGGCUGGAUCCAGGCGUGCAGCCACAUGGAGUUCUACAACAAGUACGGAGCCAAGGGCAUGUCCAGUUGGGAACUCCCAGACCUGAGGGACGGCAAGAUCGAAGCGAUAAGUGACUCGGAUGGCGUGAACUACCCAUGGUACGGCAACACCACAGAGACUUGCACGAUUGUUGGUCCCACCAGGAAGGACACCAAGUUCAACGUGAGCAUGAACGAUAACUUCUACCCCAGCGUGACGUGGGGCGUGCCGGUGAGCGACAGCAACCUACCGCAGCUCAGCAGCAUCUGGCGGGACCAGAGCUUCACCACCUGGUUGGUGGCCAUCAACCAGGCCACGGCCGAGACUCUGGUGCUGCAGACGAUCCGCUGGAGGAUGCGGCUGCACGUAGCCAUCGAUCCAGACAAACCCCUGGGCCAGCGGGCCCGACUGCUAGAACCUGUAGCCCAGGAGCAGCCACAGAUCCUGGGCAAGAACGAGCCCAUCCCGCCCAACGCCAUGGUUAAGCCUAACGCCAACGACGCCCAGGUCCUCAUGUGGCGUCCGAAGAUCGGAGACCCCAUCGUGGUCAUCCCGCCCAAGUACUGACCUCUUCCUUGCUCGAGAGGGCGCGAGCAACAAAAUACAACAACGGGGGGAAACAUGUUUACGAUCAAGCUGAAGCAAGAACUGGAAUUACCAAUGCAACCAUUCUACCUUAGGGUCGGGUAUCACUGUGCUAAUCGAAGUCAUUGCAAAAACGAGAGAACUUUUUUGGCUUGCGUUUUUUUUUUGGCUCGCUUUCCUCGCAUUUUACUUGUGCAUUGGUUAACAUGCGUGUUUGUUACGAACCUGCGGUGUGCAAAUUCCUUUUCAGAUGUGGGCAGUGCGAAAAGUACACAAAACGACACAAAUGCGCAUCGAGGGAAAUGCUGUUUGUUGCUUAGGUUCAUUUGACGCGCGAGACGUCGAUCCGUGCUGCCUUAAGUUUACGUUGCUUUUCGCCGUAACAUUUUUGCCUUAACCGAUGUGUUUUUUUCGGCCGCUGCUGUAGUCUGACGGCGACUCCGUGAACCGGAGAGGAGUACGCGGGCGUAAAUGUCGACCCACGGGACUGCCCAUUAUCCUUAGUAAUGCAUCAGCUCGAGCACCAGGUCAAGUGCGCCGAACCCGAUGAACACAUCCGCGCUACGGAUACCGUCGAGGCAUUAGAAUGUGGCCAGAGCAGGCGAAGCAGGGACAAGUUGCGUUUCAGGGACAGUGUUGAUGCGGAAGACCCCAGAGCUCGGGGGGGGGGCGAACCAGCGAUCGCUGCUGGUUAGAGACCGAACCGUCAGGGGCAGCUUGCAGGGCUUCCCCCCCAAGUCUUCCGAUUCUCCGGUGUAAGUUUCCAGCCCUGGAUGCAGAGAGGCCUGCCUCCUCCACUACGCUGCCUUCCCUCGCCUCAGCAGCUUUCAACUGGAAAGACGCCAUAGCCAGCCGGCACCCAAUCGAUACCGUUAUUAAUAAGCAAUCAUAGAACUGUGCCAGCGGUCCGGGGGGAUGUUUAAUAAAAAACCUUUAAUAACGGCAGCGGGAGAGAACGCUCUCGACAAAACGUCAGCGGUGUAAAUCAUUCCUGCUUCAUGCCCGCUGCCUGCUGAGGGCUGGGGAAGGGGGAGCGGGCUUCUCCGCUGACUAGAUCGCCCGGGUACGAGGGCAGGUCGGCAGGCUUCGCGACUGGGCUGCGCGCUGGCACAUUGGGUCAUUCCACAGCUGCUCUUAAGACGCGAACAUUUACCAUUUAUUUAUUUAUCUAUUUAUUUAUUGGUUUGUGCAGCUCUGACUGGAAGCAGAAGGAUUAAGCCCAAGCUGCGUACUCCCAUAUGGGAGGGUGGGUGUGGGCGAAGCUUUUUAUCUUCAUACAGCAGCAGUGAUGACAGAGAGAAAACAUGAAUUAUUCCUCGAAUUACGAGUUCAUGUGAACUGCGAGGCUGCAACCCUUGAUGGCUUCACGGAAUUUUUUUUUUUUCUAAAUAAUAGAUUAUAUUGUUUUAUUAUGCAAGUGACAAGUUGCAUAACCUGUGAACAUUACAUAUUGUGCCCAAGUUAUUUUUUUGUCUUCUUAUGAGCUGCGUGUGAGGUCUGUUUCCAGGGGUGGGGAGAGAGCCAUGAAUGGGACUGUAAGGCUGUUGCCUAUUUUUUGCAUUUGUUGUACAGUAUUUAUAGGCCUUCAGAA